UAAGAGUAAAUCAAAAAUAAAUAAACAAAAUAACAAAAAAAUACUAACAGAUUGAGCUAAAUGGAUUGCUGCGAGGAUACUUUUGAUAUAUUAUAAACAGUGUAAUAACAGACUGAUAAUAUUCACUGCUAGACAGAAAGUUUUUAAGAAUUUAAACUUUACUAAUAAAACUCUUUAUCUAACGAUAUGGAUAAGCAAAGAGACUAUUAGGAUGAGGAUUAUUACUAAGAUAAUAAUAGCAUCUAUGGCUCGAGCAACAAAAAAACCUGUUCUUAAGAUCAUAAUUUUAAUGGGGAAUACCAAUAAAAUUUUUUUCUUCUUGAUUAAACGCCUACUUAAAACUCAGAUAGUAAUUAUCCUAAUAAAAUAAUAAUCUCUAACUAAAUUUUUGAUUGUACCUAAGAUAAUAUUUUUAAUUCUGUCAUGAGUGGUCUACCAAUAUCUUAGGAUAGCCACAAAAAUCCAGAUUAAUUUUUAUGCAAAUUUUAAGAAAUAUAAGAAGAAGAAAAAAAUUUGCAAUAUAAUGAUGAUAAGAUCAACUAAGAAGGUAUAAACUAUUAUGAAAUCUAAUGUAUGUGUAUUGGUUCGCUUAAUGAGGAUAAUCUGAUUUAAAAUAACAAUUAAAUUAUCAAUUAAUAAAUUAAAAUUACACCAUAAAUAAUUAACAAUUAAACUGAAAAUACUACUUAAAAAAAUUAAAAUUAAUAGUUAUUUUCUGAUCAAAAUAUUUAAUUACAAUAAAUAAAUAAUCAAUACCCUUAAUAAUAAUAUUCAUCUUUAGAGCACUGCCCAUAAAAUUUAUAUGAAAAUAUUAAUAAUAGCUAAAUUUCUGAAGAAAUAACUAAUAUUAAUACAAAUUUUCAUAUAAAUUCUCAAAAUUGUUAGGUGUUAAAUGGUAAAAAUAUGACUUCUAGAAUUUUUAAUAAUUUCGAUGAUUACCUUAGUUAUUAAAAUAUAUAAAAGUAACUAGAGAUUACAAAUUAUCAUGAACAAUCAAUUAAAGAAAAUCAACUAAAAACUUACAAAUAAGAUGAUGAAUUCCCUGAAUCUUAAUUCAUUUAAACUAAUGGAAUAAAUUCUAAAUUAAAAUUAACUUAAUAUACUAGUCAUCAACCAAACAAAACCAUCUCCAAUAAAACAAAAAUUGAAUAAAUUUUAGUUUAAAACUAUUAAUUGACAUAGAAUGUCUUUGAUCUUGAAAAUGUCCAAAAAGUAGUCACUUAUCUGUGCAAGAUUUUAAGACCUUAUUUCCCAGACUUCGAUCGACUUAAUUAAAAGUAAUCAGACCCUAACAUCUCAAAAGUUAUUGGUUUCAUUCGUAAAGUUGUUGUUGAUUAUUAUAAAAGACUAGGUGAACCCAUAUAAUAAUAAGAUAAGCCUAAUAGAUAAACUCAUUGCAUGUGCAGUUUAGAUAAAUAGUAUAAAAAUUUAAGCGGUCUUUGUAAUCACAUUAAAAAUCAUCAUGAAAAAACACCUAUAUGGUGUUGGUCAGUUAAGAUUAAUGAAAAAGUAGGAAGAAGACCUGAAGCAAUACCAGAAAUUUCUCCAAAUAACUAAAAAUAAUCACAAAAAAAGAGCUUUGCAUCAAAAGCAAAAAGAUUUUGUAUUAGUAAUUUUAACUAGUAUGUAAGUUAUACAAGACACAGUUAAAACUGA